AUGUAAGUUGCAUUUAGUGCUAUUUGUGUUGGAUUAGAUAAUGCAGGUAAAACUAGUCUAUUACGUACUCUCUCUAAUAGUUAAAGAAUGGAAAUAUUUCCUACUCCAACUAUGGAAAUACAUUAUGUUAUUUGUCCUAAAAUUGGAAAAUACUGUUUAAUUUAUGAUAUGUCUGGAAAUGGCCGUCAUAGAUAAAAUUGGAGAAUACUCUAUUAAGAUAUAUAAGCCAUGAUCUAUGUUAUAGAUACUAGUGAUUCUGAGUAUAGGUAUUAUUAUUCAAUUUCUAAUUAGAUUUCAUUUAUAAAGAUAACUUAUUGAAGAAGUUCUUAAUGAUGAUCUAAUUAAAAAAAGUGCAAUCCCCAUACUCUUUCUAUUCAAUAAGAAUGAUAAAAAUAAUAGAUUUAAUAAAGAUGAUCUUAUCAAAGUCUUAGGAUUAGAUUCUAAAAAAUUCAAAAAUAAAUUCAUUUUCAAAGAAACAUCAAGCUUUGAAAUUUCAAAAUUAAAAGAAGCUAUUGAUAAUCUAACUGAUGCUCUCUAUAGUAAAAAAUAAUGA